AUGUCUUUUCCUAAAGUUUUACUUACUGUAGGAUUUAUAUCACUAUUCCAUUCGGCAUUUUCGGCAGCCCAGCAUCGCUCAUAUCUACGAAUAACCUCGCAGGAGUUUACGACAUUACCUCUCGAUAUUGUAAUUCAAGCAGUUGGAAGCCUCUUUGCAGUCAUGUGGGGAGUGAUGUGCAUCGCUGGCAACUUGAGGGAAAUACAAGCUGCGGCAGAGUUAAAUAAUAUUGCCUGGGAGACCCAAAUGAAUGUUCCGUCAUUCUACAUGUUUAAUCAUAGGCUAAGAGCUAUGGAGUCUAGCUACAUACCAACAUCCGGAAAAGGAGAUUUAGAAAACUUAGAAUAG